CGACACACGUACGGUACGGGACGCGGCGGGUGCUAUGUUGCCGGAGUCGAGAAAGACGGUGAAAAUAAAGUCGUUCUACGUAUAUUCUGGUGCCUGGUGGCCAUUUUGCCAAAUUCAUGAACGACACCGCAGUUAAUUUUUCUUUCGUGCAUGCUUACAUACCUAGUUAGUUUGUGUUGGCCAGAGCCCAGAGGGGAGCAACGGUGAAUUGGUGACGGGUUGCAUUGGUCACCUUCUAGCGAAGACUUGGAUGGAACGCGACUAGUGGGAGCAAGCGUGCUUAGGCGUUUGUCAAAUGGCGGCAGAAACCUUGGUCGCACGGCACACGGUAGAGAGCAUUGGCUGAUGAAUUGAACCCGCUGAUGAAGACAAACACCAUUGCCCGUUGACGAGCUUGACUUGUGAGUAGAACUGUAGAAGCAACAGAGACGAGCUAGCUGGAGACCAGGAUGAAGAAAGUGGUGUCCCUAAUGGACUGAUGCAGGCAUGGCAAUUUGUAUAUAAACCAAGGCAUGUGUCAAGGAUAUCUCCCCGCAUCAAAAGCAAGUGCGCAUAACCACCACCAUGGAAGCAGCUCUGAAUCUCCUCACACAGAUCCACCUUCUCGUACUCCUUGGAUGCUCGCUACUUCUCCCUCGGCCAACUACUAGUGCCACCGCCGGCAACCACACAGCUCCCAUGCCACUUUCUUCAUGCCUACCUGACCAGGCCUCAUCGCUGCUCCGGCUGAAACGAUCGUUCGUGACAACCAACUACUCCACCGUUGCCUUCAGGUCGUGGAGGGCCGGCACGGACUGCUGCCGCUGGGCAGGAGUUCGCUGCAGCAGCAACUCCGACGACGGCGGCGGCCGUGUGACCUCCCUCGAUCUGUCCGACCAAGGGUUGGAGAGCGGGGGCCUUGAUCCUGCGAUUUUCCAUCUAUCUUCUCUGGAGCGUCUCAACCUCGCCUACAACGACUUCAACGGGUCACAGCUCCCGUCCAGCGGGUUUGAGCGCCUCGCCAACCUCACCCACCUCAACCUCUCCACAUCUAGCUUCUCCGGCCAAGUGCCGGCCAGCGGCAUCGGCGGCCUGACGAGCCUGGUCUCCCUCGACCUCUCUACCAGCUACGAGUUCUACGAUCUACUCGACGACGGCUUCCUGCUGCACAGAGACUCGAACUCGGACGCGCGGCUCACGGUCCAAAGCUUCGAGACCUUGGUCGCGAACCUGCGAAACCUAAGGGAGCUGCACCUCGGCCUCGUGGACCUCUCCAGCGACGACGACGGGGCCGGGCCGCGCUGGCGCUGGUGCAGCGUCGUGGCCGCAUCGUGCCCCGAGCUCCGGGUGCUCAGCUUGCCACGCUGCGGGCUCUCUGGCCCCAUCUGUGGCUCGCUCUCCAGCCUGCGUUCUAUCUCCGUCGUUAACCUAGAGUACAACAGACUGUCCGGCCCAUUCCCAGAUUUCUUCACCAACUCCUCCGACCUGACCGUUCUGCGGCUCAGGCGCACCGGUAUCCAGGGACGGGUGUCUCCUGCGAUCUUUCUGCACCGGAAGCUGGUGACGGUAGAUCUCUACAACAACUACGGGAUCUCUGGGUACCUGCCAGAUUUCCCGGCAGGCAGCAGCAGCAGCAGGCUGGAGAAUCUGAACGUCGGCAGGACUAGUUUCUACGGUACGAUACCGAAUUCCCUGGGCAACCUCACGUCUCUGAAGGAGCUGGGAUUUGGCGCGACCGGCUUUUCCGGGGACAUACACAUACCCUCGUCGAUCGGUGAUCUCAAAUCCUUGAACGCGCUAGAGAUCUCCGGGAUGGGAAUCGUAGGGCCCAUGCCGUCCUGGAUUGCGAACCUGACGUCUUUGACAGCUCUCCAGCUCUACGACUGUGGUUUGUCUGGACCAAUCCCUCCCUUCGUAGCCGAGCUGAGGCGUCUGAAAAGACUAGCGCUGUGUGGCUGCAGCUUCUCAGGAGAAAUACCGUCUCAUGUCAUCACAAACCUAACCCAGCUGCAGAUACUGCUGCUCUACUCAAACAACCUGGAGGGCACGCUGGAACUCCAAUCUUUUGGGAAGAAUAUGCCGUACCUCAUUGCCUUGGAUCUCUCUGACAACAACCUCCUUGUGCUUGAUGGAGAAGAAGACAACUCUUCUGCAUCGGUGUCCCUUCCCAAGCUCAAAACCUUAGUCUUGGGUGGCUGCGGCAUGUCUAAGUUCCCUGAAUUCUUGAGGCGCCAGGAUGAAAUCGAUUGGCUUGACCUCUCAUACAACCAGAUCCGUGGGGCUGUACCAGGGUGGGCGUGGGAGCUCUGGAAUGGUAUGGUGUAUCUCGUUCUGUCUAACAAUGAGUUUACUAGCGUUGGCCAUGGCCACCUCCUCCCUUUGCAGGACAUGAUCGUUCUUGAUCUCAGCAACAACUUGUUCGAGGGGACCAUACCUAUACCUCAGGGCUCCGCAGACGCACUCGAUUACUCGAACAACAUGUUCUCGUCUGUACCUGCUCAUCUCAGCUCACAUCUCGACGACGUUGCCCUCUUCUUGGCGCCAGGAAACCGCCUGUCUGGGAAUCUUUCGGCGUCUUUCUGUGGUGGUGGAACGAGCAUACUGCUCCUUGAUCUCUCCUACAACGACUUCAGCGGCUCCAUCCCUUCCUGUCUGAUGGAGAACGUUAACGGGAUGCAGUCGCUGAAUUUAAGAAAGAACCGACUCCACGGGGAGAUCCCGGACAGCAGCAAGGAGGGCUGCUCGUUUGAGGCGUUGGACUUCAGCGGCAACCAGAUCCAAGGACGGCUACCGAGAUCUAUGGCCAGCUGCGAGAACCUGGAGGUGCUUGACGUUGGAAACAACCAGAUCAGUGACGCAUUUCCAUGCUGGAUGAGCGAGCUUCCCAGGCUGCAGGUCCUUGUCCUGAAAAGCAACAGGUUCUUUGGGCAGGUCUCCGAACCAGUUCUGCAAGAGAAGAAGCAGAGCUACUCCUGCGCGUUCCCUAGCGCAUCGAUCGUCGAUCUGUCUUCGAACAGCUUCUCUGGCCCACUGCCGGAAGGCCGAUGGUUCAAGAACCUAAGGUCGAUGGUACUCACGGACCCGAGCAAGCCGUUGGUCAUGGAUCAUGAGGUGCCCGGAGUGACAAGAACGUAUAGGUACACCACUGCAGUCACGUACAAGGGGCAUGACACCAGCUUCGCUGAGAUACUGACAGCGUUGGUGUUCAUCGACUUCUCCAACAACACGUUCAGCGGUAGCAUCCCGGUAGCUAUUGGGGAGCUUGGUCUGCUACACGGGCUCAAUGUCUCGCACAACUUCCUCACCGGGCAGAUCCCACCUCAGCUCGGCCAUCUGAGCAGGCUCGAAGCUCUGGACCUGUCCUUCAAUGGGCUCUCUGGAGAGAUCCCAAAGGAGCUGGCGUCGUUGGACUCCCUCACGACGCUGAACUUGUCUGACAACAGGCUCGUAGGAAGCAUACCUGCGUCGCCUCACUUCUCGACGUUCUCCAGCUCGUCGUUCCAAGGAAACGACGGCCUUUGCGGGCCUCCGCUGUCCAAGGCGUGCAACGACAACGUAACGCAGGUAGACGCGGUGCGUUCCGAGAAGAGAUCUGUGGACUUCGUGCUGUUCCUCUUUGUUGGAGUAGGGUUUGGCUUUGGGUUCGCGGUUGCAGUCGUUGUUGCUUGGGGAAUCCCCGUUAGGAAACCGUGUUGAAAAACACAGCAUGCGCUGAAAGAUGUGCUUUCCACGUUCCAAAUUAUAAAUCAUUUUAGUUUUUUCUAAAUGCAUAUAACUACUUGCAUAACGAAAACUAUAUGUCUCGCAAAUCCCAAAUCACAUAAAUUUUGAAAUGGAGGGAUUACAUGCAGGUAUAUCAAGGCAGUCUUGCAAACCUUAAUUCUAAUUUUCCUUGAGAUUGUGAAGUGCUAUUGAUCCCUAACACUAGCACUAUCCCAAGCCUUUAUUUAGGGAAAAAAA